UCUAUAUAAGAAUAUAGAGAACCAAUUUUAGAGAGUUGUUAGAUAUGCUCUCAGACCGGGCGCUAACGAACAACCCACGAAAGUCGAAGCCACUGGAUCUGAACUCCUCGUCAAUUCCCCACCAUCCUAGACGCCAAAAUCCCUCAUCCACUGCGAACCUCCUAAACCUCGGCAAUGGCGGCAUCGCCGUAUCUCCUCCUCCUCCUCCUCCUCAUCCAUCCAGCGGCUGCACCUGCUUCCCACGCGCCGCCGCCACGGUCGCCUUCGCCUUCGCCUUCGCCGCCGCCGCCGCCGCCGCCUCAGAAAGUGCAUGUGUGGCCGAAGCCGGUGUCCAUCUCGUGGUCGUCCGCGGUGUACGCGCCGCUCUCCCCGUCGUUCAGCAUCCGCGCCUCGCCGUCGCACCCGUCGCUCCGCCACGCCAUCGCCUACUACAGCCGCCUCAUCCACGCCGAGCGCCACACGCCGCUGGUGCCCCCCGCCAACUACACCCUCGCCCGCGUCUCCAUCCGCCUCCUCGCGCUCUCCGUCUCCGACCCCGGCGUUCCGCUCGGCCCCGGAGUCGAUGAGUCCUACACGCUCUCUGUGCCCCCCAACUCUGCCUCCGCCGACAUCACUGCCGCCACUUCCUGGGGCGCCAUCCGCGGCCUCGAGACCUUCUCCCAGCUCGCCUGGGCCGGCGGCGGCCCCGCCGCGGGCGGCCAGCCGAUCGUCCCCAGCGACAUCGAGAUCUCCGACCACCCCCUCUUCACACACCGCGGCAUCCUCCUCGACACCGCCCGGAACUACUACCCCGUCCGCGACAUCCUCCGCACCAUCCGCGCUAUGGCCUUCAACAAGCUCAACGUCUUCCAUUGGCACAUCACCGACUCCCAGUCCUUCCCCAUCGUCCUCCCCACCGUCCCCAACCUCGCCAACUUCGGCUCCUACUCUCCCGCCAUGCGCUACACCGACCACGACGUCCGCCGCAUCGUCCGCUUUGCCGAGGCCUUCGGCAUCCGCGUCAUCCCCGAGAUCGACAUGCCCGGGCACGCGGGAUCGUGGGCAGGGGCGUACCCGGAGAUCGUGACCUGCGCCAACAAGUUCUGGGCGCCUACCGCGAAGCCGGCGCUGGCGUCGGAGCCCUGCACGGGGCAGCUGAACCCGCUCAACCCCAAGACGUACCGCGUCGCGCACGACGUGCUGCGCGACCUGGCGGCCUUGUUCCCGGACCCCUACCUCCACGCGGGCGCCGACGAGGUGAACACGGCGUGCUGGGAGGACGACCCCGUGGUGCGGCGCUUCCUCGAGGGCGGCGGCACGCACGACCGCCUCCUGGAGUUGUUCGUGAACGCGACGCGGCCGUUCCUGGUGCACGACCUGAACCGCACGGCGGUGUUCUGGGAGGACGUCCUCCUGGGUCCCAAGGUGUCAGUCGGGCACACGGUGUUGCCCCGUGAGACGACCGUGCUGCAGACGUGGAACAACGGGCCGGAGAACACCAAGCGCAUCGUGGACGCGGGGUACCGCGCCAUCGUUUCCUCCGCGUCCUACUACUACCUGGACUGCGGGCACGGCGGGUGGGUGGGCAACGACAGCCGGUACGACAGGCAGGAGAAGGAGCGGGAGGGCACGCCGCUGUUCAACGACCCGGGCGGCACGGGCGGGUCGUGGUGCGCGCCCUUCAAGACGUGGCAGCGCAUCUACGACUAUGACAUCUUGCACGGGCUGACGGAGGAGCAGGCCACGCUGGUGCUGGGCGGGGAGGUGGCGCUGUGGUCGGAGCAGUCUGACGCCGCGGUGCUGGACGGCAGGCUGUGGCCCCGGGCGGCGGCCGCGGCCGAGACGCUCUGGGCCGGGAACAAGGGCUCCAGCGGGAGGAAGCGGUACGCCAACGCCACGGACCGGCUCAACGAGUGGAGGUACCGGAUGGUGGCGCGCGGCAUCCGCGCCGAGCCGCUCCAGCCGCUGUGGUGCCCGCUGCACCCGAGCAUGUGCAACCUGGCUCAGUAGCAACCUAAAAGCCUCUGAUGUGUUAAGCUCGCUGCCUGCAAUGGACUGGAAAUUCACAGCACAAAGUCACACGGAUUCGGACAGAGAUUUGAAACUUGGUGGAAGAGUCAGCAUCUCGAUCUUGGGAUCAAGGUGUUGAACACUGGCCGAAUCAAGAACAGAAUAACCAAUGCCUCAGUGUACCGAAUUUCUCUUUGCUUGAACACUUGCCGAAUCAAUAACAGAAUAACCAAGGCCUCCUCAGUGUACCGAAUUUCUCUUUGCUUUCAUCUUCAUCUUUUGGAGGGAGCCUCUCCUUGUUCGAGGUACGCUCAACAUAGUCGCCGGUGCAUAAUCUCUGGACCAAAAACUUCCCAUGUUCCACGGUGCUGUGAAAACUCAUGGAAGAUCUAAGUCUUCUCUGUGCGUGGCUGCUGAUCUUGAUGCUGGGCAGAUUUUUUUCGGUA